AUGAACUUAAGCUUGCUGGCCUUGACCGUGUCUGACCUCUGCUCCCUGCUGCCCCUAUACUGGCUGGGGGUCAUGAGCGACCCCCACUUCCGGGGUCCGGCCGUGCUGUACGUGGGGCUGGAGGCGCAGUUCUUGACCGCCAGCUGGCCGCACACCAUCUUCGCCCGGCUGACCAGCUGGCUCACCGCCUACAUCAUGCUCGAGCGCUGCUUCUGCGUCGCCCUCCCGCUCAAGGUCAAGGUCGUCGUCACCCCGCGGAGGGUCAAGGCCGUCUUGAUUACGCUGUACGCGGUGGUCCUGGCCGGCGUGCUGCCUACCUACACCACCCACGGCCUGGCGUGGCGGUUCUACCCCGCCCAUAACCUCACUAUGCUGGGGCUGAGCCUGUCCGACUCCGCGCUCAGCGUCACGAGGGUCACCAACAUCAUCACCAACCCGCUCUCGGCCAUCAGCUCCUUCGCCGUCGUCCUCGCCUGCACCGUCAUCAUCGCCACGACGCUCAGCCGCAAGGCAAGAUGGCGGGAGAGCAACAGCGUCGCCACGGCAAAUGGCCAGUACCACAUCACCGGGAAAGCCAGGAAAGCAGUCAAAAUGGUCACCAUCCUCUCCGUGAUCUUCUUGAUAAGUGUCACGCCGUCCGUGAUCAGCGUGAUCCUCACGGACGUGAGCACGGACUUCAGCCUGACGGGAAAGUACCGGAACAUCUUCUACGUCGUCUACAGCAUCACAUUCAUCCUGGAGGCCGUCAACUCCUGUUCCAAUUUUUUCGUCUACUACACCAUGAACUCCAAGUUCAAAUCCAUGUUCCACCAACUUUUCGUUCCUAAAUGGAUGCAACAGUUUUACCCUUGUAGGAUGAAGGCUAUAUAA